GUUCUUUGAAUCUGAACUCCAACUCCAACCUUCAUUUUACAAUUUCAGUACUUUCUGGGAGAGAUACCCAGAUACUGAAAACUUGUUUUCCUUAAGGUGCUUUGAUCUAUAUAUUGGCAUCUCGGAAUUCUUUUAGAACUUGAUAUAUAAAUGAUCAGUAUGGAUAAAUCUUUAAAAUCUGCCUUGUUCUCUUUUGUUUUGUUUGCUGUUUUUGUUUCAUCCUAUGGCCAGACGUGCAGUAGCUAUAGUUUCUCAAGCAAUCAACAAUUUAGCACGUGCUUAGAUCUUCCUGUAUUGAAUUCAUUUCUCCACUGGAAUUAUGAUUCUGCAGCUAAUACAGUUGAUAUUGCAUUUCGUCACGCUGGAACCACCUCAUCACAAUGGGUAGCUUGGGCCCUGAACCCUUCUGGACAAGGAAUGGGAGGUUCUCAGUGCCUUGUGGCGUUGCAAACUUCCACUGGCAUUCGUGCUUACACCGCACCAAUCGGUGCUUCCGAAUCGAUGCCAUCGUUGCAAGAGGCUAAUUUGAGCUUUGGAGUAUCAAACCUUUCAGCUAAUUUGGAGAGUGGUGUGAUGAUUAUUUUUGCCAAACUGCAACUUACUAGUGAAUUGUUAUCAACCAACCAGCUCUGGCAAGUAGGUCCAAUGAAUGGAGAUAGCCCUUCUGCGCAUGUUACAAGUGGAGAUAAUAUGAGAUCAGUAGCGACUAUUAAUUUCAGGACUGGUGAGACUGCAACCGGUGCAGGCAGUAUCAACUCCAGAAUGAGAAAGAGGAAUAUUCAUGGAGUACUAAACGCUGUGAGUUGGGGAACUCUUAUGCCAAUCGGGGCCAUGAUGGCUAGGUACCUUAAAGUGUUCAAGACUGCAAAUCCGGCAUGGUUUUACCUUCAUAUUGCCUGCCAAGCUUCGGCCUAUAUUGUGGGUGUUGCUGGGUGGGCAACUGGUCUCAAGCUUGGUAACGAUAACCCUGGCAUUCAAUAUGAUACACACAGGAACAUUGGCAUAACCCUCUUUGCCCUUGGAACACUUCAGAUGUUUGCAUUGCUUUUGAGGCCAAAGCCUGAUCACAAAUACAGACUAUACUGGAACAUCUACCAUCACUGUGUUGGGUACACAGUGAUUAUUUUGAGCAUCUAUAACAUCUUUGAGGGUCUUGACAUCUUGGACCCAGCCAAGAAGUGGAAGAGAUAUAUAUAUAUAGGUAUCCUGAUAUUCUUGGGUGCAGUUGCUGUGAUAUUGGAAGCCAUAACUUGGGUAAUAGUUAUAAGGAGGAAACAGAAGAAUUCAGAUAAGAACCAUCACAGCAUGAAUGGAACAAAUGGAGUGAAUGGCCAUGGACCUCAGCAUGGUGCCUAGACACGACAGGAGGUGUAGUUUUUAUGUAUAGCAGAAUCAGUACUAUCUGUGCUUUUUCUCUUGUAACCUACCAUCAUAUUAUUCUUACAGUCCAUUAUUACUUUACACCAUCUGUGAGGAUAUUUUGGAUGAUUUACAUUUAAUCCGAGAGCUUAUUCUUUUUUGUUAUGUUA